GACAAAUAAACUAACUAAUUAAAAAUCAUUUAGAAUGCAUUUAUCUAUUCAUUAUUAAAGAAUGAUCAUUAUCACAAAGUACAACGAUAACGGUUUCAGCUGAUAACUAUAAACCAGAAGGAAAAGUGCAGUUGAAAGCAUUCUAACCUCAAGUAAAGACAUUACCACAAUGGCCAAACUUCCAGAGCUUGAUUAUUUUCUAGAAAAAGAAGCUGCAGAGGCAGCUGUAAAAAGUUUUAAAAUACAUCUUCAAGGAACAUUGAAGGAAUAUACGAAAAUAUGGGGUAUGUACUUAAAAGUUGUAAACAAACUACAAGAGGUUAAUUCUAAAUCAUCGCACAAAGAAAAAACUCGUGUGAUUAAUCAAGAUGAUAGAAUUAAUAGAUCCUCAGAUAGUUUAGAUUUAGAAGAAUUGAACACAACAAAUUCAAACGAUUUAAUAGAAGUUAAUCAAGAACAAUGUACGUCAGAUGUCAUUUCUAAUCAUGAAUCAUUGACAAAUUUAAAUACAAUUAUUAAUAGUCCUAUUUUUUCAAGAAACGAUUCAAAUUCUAAAAGUAACAGUUUUAAUAAGAGUGUUUCUUCGAUAAUUAGUAAUAAUGAAAGCACAAGUCCAAUUAAUAAUUUAAGUAUUGACAAUGAACAAGAGAUAUCAAAUGAAACAAGUUAUUCAUUUGCUAAAAGUCCUACAAGAAAUGUAUCAUCAGUACUUUUAUGUAGCACUCCGAUUAGACAUAAAAAGGUGACUAUAAGGAAAAGGCAAAAUGUUAACAAAAAUGGACAAUCUAAAACACCAUUGAAUAAUUUAAGAAAAAGGGAUAAUUUAUCCACUAUAAGAAAAGAAAAAGCAUUGAACAAAACACCUUUUAAACUUAUUAGCAAUGUGAACAUUAAUUCUCAAAUAAAUCGAAAUAAUAAUUUAAACACACGUUAUAACAUUGAAGUAACACAAACGCCAAAAAGUAAAAAAUUUAAGCAAACCAAAUUAGCAUUUCAUAAGACAAUGGAUAUGACGAACUUGGAUAAAAGAUCAAAUAAUAGUCCUGUAUUAACAAAAUCUAAUAAAUCUACAAAUAAUCAUGAAAAAGUUUUAAGACAAAGUACAUUGACUGAUAUGAUAAGUUCAAAAAAGAAGGAAAAUAAUUUAUCAUUCAAUAGUAUUUACAAUCAAAGAGAAAGAUGCAAUGACACAGUAGAAAGUACAAAGAUUAAGAAUGAAAAAGGUCAAGAACUGAUAAAUUCAUUGGAAACAAAUGACGACCCAUUAAACAUUAACGAUAAAUCUGAUUCAUCUUUUCUUCCAGAAUAUGAAAACAAUAUAAGUCUUGAUGACAAUUUUGAUGCUAGUUUUAAUUUUGAUAAAAGGUCUUUGUCUUCGGAGAUAUUAACAAAUAAUGAACCUGAAUCUACAAAUCAAUUUACCAAAAAGAGAAAAAGCCUGGGAACAAAGGAAAAUAUAAAUUUCAUUGAUUUAGAUGAAUUAACAGAAGAAAGUCUUGAAUCAUCUGCAAGUGGAAGUUAUAAAAAGUGCAAAGGGUACAAAGAAAAAGAAAGACAUUACAACAGUAAUAAUCCAAUUAAGAAAGAAGUUACAUCGAUGGAUUUUUGUACUGUUAUGUUGUCUGAUAAUUAUUCGAGUACCUCUUAGUAUUGCAUAUUAUUUAUAUCUAUAUAAUUAUCAAAAAUAUUGUUACUUUUAACAACUUAAGACUUAAAUACUUUAAGUACUUGUUCCUGUUCGAUCACUGAAAUUAAACAAUUUACAUGAUUAAUACUUGAAUGAUCGUUUUGGAACAUAGUGUGUUGUUGACUUCUGAUAAAGGUGACAGAGGUAUGAAAAACUUAAACCUCAUUAAACCUGUAAAAGGAAAAUUGAUAAUAAUAAUGAACUCAUAAAUGAUAUGAUAAACUU